AUGAUGCCCCAGAAGAAGAAGAAGAGGAAGAAAGACAUCGACUUUCUUGGCCUAUAUGAGGAGGAGCUGCUGAACUAUGCCUCAGAGAAUGAUGAGGACGAACUGCAGCACGAGUACUAUAAGGCCAAGGUGUACGAGGUGGUCACAGCCACCGGGGAUGUUCGUGGUGCAGGGACAGAUGCCAAUGUCUUCAUCACAAUUUUUGGAGAGAAUGGGCUGUCUCCUAAGCUCCAUCUUACCAGCAAGAGUGAGUCUGCCUUUGAGAAAGCUAAUGUCGAUGUGUUCCGGGUAAGAACAAACAACGUGGGCCUCAUCUAUAAAAUCAGGAUUGAGCAUGACAACACAGGCUUGAAUGCCAGCUGGUACCUGGACCGUGUGAUUGUGGCUGACAUGAAGAGGCCUCAUCUCCGUUACUACUUCAACUGCACCAACUGGCUGAGCAAGACAGAAGGUGAUCGCCAAUGGUGCCGUGACCUGCUGGCCAGCUUCAACCCUAUGGACAUGCCCAGAGGUAACAAGUAUGAAAUCAAGGUGUAUACCGGUGACAUAAUUGGUGCAGGGACAGAUGCUGAUGUCUUCAUCAAUAUCUUUGGAGAAUAUGGAGACACAGGGGAGCGUAGGCUGGAAAAUGAAAAGGACAAUUUUGAAAAGGGAGCUGAAGACAAGUUUAUGCUGGAUGCCCCAGAUUUGGGGCAGCUGAUCAAGAUCAAUGUGGGCCACAACAACAAAGGAGGGUCUGCUGGUUGGUUCCUGUCAAAGAUUGUCAUCGAAGAUAUUGGGAACAAAAGGAAAUAUGACUUCCCCCUGAAUCGCUGGCUCGCCUUGGAUGAAGAUGAUGGAAAAAUCCAAAGGGAUAUCUUAGUGGGUGGAGCUGAGACCACAGCUAUUACCUAUAUUGUCACUGUCUUCACUGGGGAUAUGCGAGGAGCUGGGAGCAAAUCCAAAAUCUACUUGGUUAUGUAUGGAGCCAGAGGGAAAAAGAACAGUGGGAAGAUCUUCCUGGAGGGUGGUGUGUUUGAUCAAGGCCGCACGGACAUCUUCCACAUCGAGCUGGCUGUCCUCCUCAGCCCUCUGAGUCGAGUCUCCAUUGGGCAUGGUAACGUGGGUGUUAACAGAGGCUGGUACUGUGAGAAGGUGGUGAUUCUAUGCCCCUUCACUGGCAUUCAGCAGACCUUCCCCUGCAGCAACUGGCUGGAUGAGAAGAAAAUGGAUGGGCUGAUCGAGAGGCAGCUCUAUGAGAUGGUAUCUCUGAGGAAGAAGCGGCUGAAAAAAUUUCCUUGGUCUCUGUGGGUCUGGACGACUGACCUGAAGAAAGCUGGUACUAACUCUCCCAUCUUCAUCCAGAUUUAUGGGCAGAAGGGUCGGACAGAUGAGAUUCUCCUGAAUCCCAACAACAAGUGGUUCAAACCAGGCGUAAUCGAGAAGUUCAGGAUUGAGCUCCCAGAUCUGGGCAGAUUUUAUAAGAUUCGAGCAUGGCAUGAUAGAAGGAAUCCUGGUUCUGGAUGGCAUUUAGAAAGGAUGACCCUGAUGAACACCCUGAAUAAGGACAAAUAUAACUUCAAUUGCAACCGCUGGCUGGAUGCCAAUGAGGAUGACAAUGAGAUCGUGAGGGAAAUGACUGCAGAGGGCCCAACAGUGCGGAGGAUAAUGAGCAUGGCCAGGUACCGUGUGACUGUGUGCACAGGGGAACUUGAAGGUGCAGAAACUGAUGCCAACGUCUAUCUCUGCCUUUAUGGUGACGUGGGGGAUACAGGGGAGCGGCUGCUCUACAACUGCAGGAAUAACACUGACCUGUUUGAGAAGGGCAAUGCAGAUGAGUUCACCAUCGAGUGUGUCACCCUGAGGAAGGUGCGGCGGGUGAGGAUCAGACACGAUGGCAAAGGCUCACGCAGUGGCUGGUACCUGGACCGGGUGCUAGUGAGAGAGGAGGGACAGCCAGAGAGUGACAACGUGGAGUUCCCGUGUCUCAGGUGGCUGGACAAGGACAAGGAUGAUGGGCAGCUGGUCCGAGAGCUGCUGCCCAGUGACAGCAACGCUACACUGAAGAACUUCCGCUAUCAUAUCAGUGUGAAGACUUCGGAUAUUCCUGGGGCCAGCACGGAUUCUCGGGUCUACCUUAAGCUCUAUGGGGAUAAAUCCGACACCAUCAAGCAAAUUCUUCUUGUCUCUGACAACAACCUCAAGGACUAUUUUGAAUGUGGCCGGGUGGAUGAGUUCACCCUUGAGACCCUGAACAUUGGAACUAUCAACCGGCUGAUGAUUGGGCAUGACAGCACGGGCCUGCAUGCAAGCUGGUUCCUGGGCAGUGUCCAGAUUCGAGUGCCCCGCCAAGGCAAACAGUACACCUUCCCUGCAAACCGCUGGCUGGACAAGAACCAGGCUGAUGGGCGCCUGGAGGUGGAGCUCUACCCCAGCGAGGUUGUGGAGAUCCAGAAAUUGGUCCACUAUGAGACUGAGAUUUGGACAGGGGAUGUGGGUGGUGCAGGCACCACUGCCAGAGUCUACAUGCAGAUCUAUGGUGAGAAAGGCAAGACUGAAGUGUUCUUCCUCUCCAGCCGCGCAAAAGUGUUUGAUCGGGCAUCCAAGGAUGUGUUCCAGCUGGAGGCGGCAGACGUGGGCGAAAUCUACAAGAUCCGUCUGGGGCACACAGGUGAGGGCUUUGGGCCCAGCUGGUUUGUGGACAUGGUGUGGCUGCGGCACCUGGUGGUGCAGGAAAAGGACCUGACGCCCGAGGAAGAGGCUCAGAGGAAGAAGGAAAAGGACAAGCUCCAGCAGCUGCUCAAGAAGGAGCAGCUGAAGGCCAAGCUGCAGAGGAAAAAGAAGAAGAAGAAGGGCAGUGAUGAGGAGGAUGAGGGUGAGGAAGAAGAGUCCUCAUCAGAGGAGUCCUCAUCUGAAGAGGAGGAAGAGGAAGAGACUGAGGAGGAGGAGGAAGAGGAGGAGUUUGGGCCAGGCAUGCAGGAGGCGAUUGAGCAGUACAAGUUUGAAGUCCAUCGCUGGCUGGCCCGAGGCAAGGAGGACAAUGAGCUUGUGGUGGAGCUGGUGCCAGCAGGCCGGCCGGGUCCUGAGCCCAACACCUAUGAGGUCCAGGUGAUCACAGGGAAUGUGCCCAAGGCUGGCACUGAUGCCAACGUCUAUCUGACAAUCUACGGUGAGGAGUAUGGAGACACAGGCGAGCGGCCCCUGAAGAAGUCGGACAAGUCCAACAAGUUUGAGCAGGGGCAGACAGACACCUUCACCAUCUAUGCCAUUGACCUGGGGGCUCUGACCAAGAUACGGAUUCGGCAUGACAACGCAGGCAACAGACCAGGGUGGUUCCUGGACAGAAUAGACAUCACUGACAUGAACAGUGAGACCACGUAUUACUUCCCAUGCCAACGCUGGCUGGCAGUGGAAGAAGAUGACGGCCAGCUGUCCAGGGAGCUGUUGCCAGUGGACGAGUCCUAUAUAUUUCCCAGCAAGAAUGAAGAGGGUGGGGGACAUGGUGGCAAUAAUCCCCUUGACAACCUGGCCCUGGAGCAAAAAGAUAAAUCGACCACAUUCUCAGUGACCAUAAAGACUGGGAACAAGAAGAAUGCAGGCACAGAUGCCAACGUCUUCAUCACGCUCUUUGGCAUGCAAGAUGACAAUGGAAUAACCCUCAUGAAGUCCUCCAAGACAAACAGUGACAAGUUUGAGAGGGACAGCAUUGAAAUCUUCACAGUGGAGACGGUGGACCUGGGGGACCUGUGGAAAGUCAGGAUCGGCCAUGACAACACAGGCAAAGCCCCAGGCUGGUUUGUAGACUGGGUAGAGGUGGAUGCCCCAUCUCUUGGAAAGUGCAUGACAUUUCCCUGUGGCCGCUGGCUGGCCAAGAAUGAAGAUGAUGGGGCCAUCGUCAGGGACCUCUUCCACGCGGAGCUUCAGACAAGGCGGUACACACCAUUUGUCCCGUACGAGAUCACCCUCUACACCAGUGAUGUCUUUGGUGCUGGAACAGAUGCCAACAUCUUCAUCAUCAUCUAUGGCUGCGAUGCUGUGUGCACUCGGGAGAAGUUCCUGUGCACCAACAAGAGGGAACAGAAGCUGUUCUUUGAGAGAAAGUCUGCCUCCCGCUUCAUUGUGGAGUUAGAAGAUGUGGGAGAAAUCAUUGAAAAAAUUCGGAUUGGCCAUGACAAUAUGGGCAUAAAUCCUGGGUGGCACUGCUCUCAUGUGGACAUCCGCAGGCUCCUUCCAGACAAAGAUGGUACGGAGACCUUGACUUUUCCAUGUGAUCGAUGGCUUGCCGCCUCUGAGGAUGACAAGAAGACCAUUCGAGAACUGGUCCCUUAUGACAUCUUCACUGAGAAAUACAUGAAAGAUGGGUCCUUACGGCAAGUCUACAAAGAAGUGGAGGAGCCUCUAGACAUCGUGCUGUACUCGGUGCAGAUCUUCACAGGGAACAUUCCUGGGGCAGGCACAGAUGCCAAGGUCUACAUCACCAUCUACGGGGACCUCGGGGACACUGGGGAGCGGUACCUUGGCAAGUCUGAGAACCGCACCAACAAGUUCGAGAGAGGAACGGCUGACACCUUCAUAAUCGAGGCUGCUGACCUGGGUGUCAUUUACAAGAUCAAGCUCCGCCAUGACAAUACCAAGUGGUAUGCAGACUGGUAUGUGGAGAAGGUGGAGAUCUGGAAUGACACCAACGAGGAUGAGUUCCUAUUCCUGUGUGGGCGUUGGUUGUCCCUGAAGAAAGAGGAUGGGCGGUUGGAGAGGCUCUUUUAUGAGAAGGAGUACACUGGAGACCGCAGUAGCAACUGCAGCAGCCCCGCUGACUUCUGGGAGAUCGCUCUAAGUUCCAAGAUGGCUGACGUGGACAUUGACACAGUGACAGGGCCCAUGGUCGACUAUGUUCAAGAGGGCCCAGUUAUUCCCUACUAUGUAUCUGUCACCACUGGGAAGCACAAGGAUGCAGCCACGGACAGCCGGGCCUACGUCAUACUGAUUGGGGAGGAGGAUGAGAGCACCAACCGCAUCUGGCUGGACUACCCCCAGGGGAAGAAGGGCUUUGCCUGCAGCUCUGUGGAGGAGUUCUACGUUGGAGGCUUGGACGUGGGUGUCAUCAAGAAAAUAGAGGUGCUUUAUGAAAUGACAGUGUGGACGGGUGAUGUGGUCGGCGGGGGCACUGACUGCAGGAUCUUUAUGACCCUCUAUGGCAUCAACGGGAGCACAGAAGAGGUACAGCUGGACAAGAAGAAGGCCAGGUUUGAGCGGGAGCAGAAUGACACCUUCAUCGUGGAGAUACUGGACAUCGCUCCAUUCACCAAGAUGCGGAUCCGCAUCGACGGCCUGGGCAGCCGGCCCGAGUGGUUCCUGGAGAGGAUCCUGCUGAAGAACAUGAGCACCGGAGACCUGACCAUGUUCUACUAUGGAGACUGGUUGUCACAGCGGAAGGGCAAGAAGACACUGGUGUGUGAGAUGUGUGCCGUCAUUGACGAGGAGGAGAUGAUGGAGUGGACAUCCUAUACUGUCACAGUGAAGACCAGCAAUGUCCUGGGAGCAGGCACCGAUGCCAACGUGUUCAUCAUCAUCUUUGGAGAGAACGGGGACAGCGGGACCUUGGCCCUGAAGCAAUCAGCCAACUGGAACAAGUUUGAGCGGAACAACACGGACACAUUCAAUUUCUCUGACAUGCUGAGCCUAGGCCACCUCUGCAAGCUGAGGAUCUGGCAUGACAACAAAGGGAUAUUUCCUGGCUGGCACCUGAGCUAUGUUGAUGUGAAGGACAACUCCCGAGAUGAGACCUUCCGCUUCCAGUGUGAUCGCUGGCUGUCCAAGAGUGAAGGUGACAGGCAGACAGUUCGUGACAUUGCAUGUGCCAACAAUGAGAUCCGAGAAGAGCUGGAGGAGACCACCUACGAGAUUGUCAUAGAAACAGGCAACGAGGGUGAAACCAGGGAAAACGUCUGGCUCAUCCUGGAGGGAAGGAAGAGUCGAUCCAAAGAGUUUCUCGUGGAAAAUUCUUCCAGACAGCGAGCCUUUAGAAAAGGGACCACAGACACAUUUGAGUUUGACAGCAUCUACUUAGGGGACAUUGCCUCCAUCUGCGUGGGACACCUGGCCAGGGAGGACCGGUUCAUCCCCAAGAGAGAGCUGGUGUGGCACGUCAAGACCAUCACCAUCACUGAGAUGGAGUACAACAAUGUGUACUUCUUUAACUGCAACUGCCUCAUUCCCCUCAAGAGGAAGAGGAAGUACUUCAAGGUGUUUGAGGUUACCAAGACAACAGAGAGCUUCACCAGCAAGAUCCAGAGCCUGGUGCCUGUCAAGUAUGAGGUCAUUGUGACAACGGGCUAUGAGCCAGGGGCGGGCACUGAUGCCAACGUCUUUGUGACCAUCUUUGGGGCCAAUGGGGACACAGGCAAACGGGAGCUGAAGCAGAAAAUGUGCAACCUCUUUGAGCGGGGUAGCACUGACCGCUUCUUCCUGGAGACGCUGGAGCUAGGCGAGCUGCGCAAAGUGCGACUGGAACAUGAUGGCAGUGGCUACUACUCAGGCUGGCUGGUGGACAAGGUGGAGGUCACCAAUACCAGCAGCGGGGUGGCCACUAUCUUCAGCUGUGGCAGGUGGCUGGACAAGUCCAGGGGGGAUGGGCUUACCUGGAGAGACCUCUUCCCUUCUGUGUGAGAGGCAGGGGCUUGGCCACACCUACCUGCCUGCACCUUGGUGUUCAGCAUCCCUUUCCUGAGACUUCCACAGGCAGGGACCAGGGGCCAGCAGUCUACUGAGAACUUCAUGACCCUUCAGAGGCAACUACCCGUGUAGGUGAUUAUCUGUGGAGUUCUGCUCCCAAUCUGUUGAACCUACAGAAAUCAUAAUCAGCAUGUGUCAUAAUCUGUGAUUACUCAAAAAUAUCUUGUUGCAUUUCCUUUUCCUACAACAGUGAUGACCAGGCUGUGAUUUGCUGCAGGGUGUGGAUGGAAAAUUGGGGCUUCACCCAGGGGAGAGAAGUGGGGAAGGAGAGGCCAUCAAAAUGGUAUAUUUUAAGCAAAACCUAAUUAACACUUUUUUCCCAAAAAGCUGGGCUAAUUAAAUUAUUAUCAACCAUACCCCACAAAGAACUCAUUGUAGCAUCUGCUCACUAAGAAAUGUAUGCUUUUCCCUUGAGUCAAUAAAUCCAGUGGUAAAUGGAGAAAAAUAUCAGAAGGAAGGGUUUUGGGAGAUUUAUGAGCCUGUUGGAAGUAGGUAAUUUUUCCUGCCCCUGUACAGAGAACACAUGGGCAAGGAGCUGCUGGUUAGCCCAGUCUAUGGUAACACAGUUGGGACAGGAACAAGGUGAUGGGAGUGGCACCUAGAGCAGCCCAGUCACUGCUACCAUGAGCUGGGAGGGCUAGUUAACCCAUGAUGCCUGUGGCUCUCAGAGGGCAGGUUUGAGCUGAGAGCACAGGGGAUCAGGGACAAAACAAAGACAUGAUCUCUGUCCUCAUAAAGGACCAGGACCUUGAUGGAGAGACAACAGGAGAAAUACAUACUUGUUCCUGCACAAGGAUACACACACAUGCACAUACACAUAUGCACCCGCAUUCAUAAAUACGCAGAUGGACACAUGUGCACACAUAUUCUCCCUGGUCAACAGUCAGACUCGGGCAAAACUCAGGCAGAGCUCAGUUCCUGACUUCUGAUUUCCUGGAGGCAGCAGGGCAGUAGGAAGGAGAGCAAUGUGGGAAGUCUCCCUCCAGAAAGGCACCAAUUCCAGCUUCUGCAGCCCUGCCAUGUCAGCUGGGCCCUCUA